AAAUCGAAAAAGAGAGUAAAGGGAAAAGGAGAAGCAUCAAAAGCAGAGCAGAGCCAUUGGCCCUUUCUUUUCUUUUUCUUCUAUUUUCCUUUGCUCUCCUCAAUCCAAGCUGAUCAGUCUUUCCUCUUCACAUCUCCUUUCAUUUCCCUUCUCCUUUUCCUUCCCCUCUGGAGAUAUUCAAACGCAUCACUUUCUCAGUCACUAGUUCUCAGAAAGAGAUUGGAAUUGGAAAGAACAUCACGGCGUGAGAGAGAAAUGGGGUCAAAACUGGAAAUUGCAGUUCAAAUGAGAAAAAUCGUGAUCAUAUCAAGCAGAACAUGUUAUAGAUCAGUUUACAAUCAUCCAUUCCUUUUGGGCAUCCUCUGUUUUGUGUUAUUUCUGUACAGAUCUUUUCCUUUUUUAUUUUCCCUUUUGGUCUCUGCAUCCCCUGUUUUGUUCUGCACUGCCGUUCUUCUUGGGACCCUUUUGAGUUUUGGGCAUCCAAACAUUGUACCCGAAAUCGAAAAAGAUGAUGAUAGUGUUAGCCAUUCCCAUGAUGUCGCAUCUCUUAAGGCCAGGGUUUCGAGGGACACCACUGUUGUUGUCGAUGAUGAGAGAGACGAGAGCUUUCUUGUAGAAAGAUAUACAGGAAAGGGAAGUGACAUAGUAGAGGAGGCUACUGAGGGUCCUAGUUCCGCAGAAGAUAAAGUCGGGAAGGUUGAUACAUAUGAUGGUCUGGAUGACUGCGUGGCAGUGAUUGCUCAUAGUUCCCGGGAAAUUCAGUUAGAGAAGGAUACUGAAGGGGCUAGUUCGGUGGAAGAUAAAGUUGGGAAGGUUGGAAUAGAUGAUGGCCUGGCUGAUUAUAGGCCACUGAAUGAUCAUAGUUCCCGGGAAAUUCAGUUAGAGAGGCGAGUAACUGGGGAAGUCGGGGGAAAGUUUAAUGGUUUGGAGUUGGAAAAGAAGGGUGAAUUUCACGAGGAGAACUUGGGGAUUGAAUGCAUGUUAAAUGAUGGGAAAGCUCUCGAGAAUCAAUGUUUUGUGGUUCACAAAGCGGGAGAUGAGAUUCUUGAAGUGGAAGAUAAUGUUAAGCGCCCGGGAGAGUUGGCCGAUGCUCAUAGUGGAGAUCACUUCGAUUUAUUUCCUAAUGAUGAUGAGGAUGGUGAUGAUGAGUCUUCGGACCAAGGGUCUGAUCUGGCAGAGAGUUCCUCACCGGAUGCUUCAAUGGCCGACAUCUUUCCAAUCCUUGAGGAGCUUCACCCACUUCUGGAUCCAAAAGCUCCACAGCCUGCUCAUAUGUCCCAUGAUGAUGAGUCAGAUGCUGCUUCAGAACGCUCUUGUAAAAGUAACGAUGCCAGCGUUGAGUCAGAUGAAGAAUCGGAAAUUCAUGGAGACGAAGAAGACGGCGCUGAUGAAAAUGAAGAUGACGAGGAAGAAGCACAGGGAGGCAAGGAGGAUGAAAGUAAAUCGGCAAUUAAGUGGACAGAGGAUGACCAAAAGAAUCUCAUGGAUUUGGGGACUUCCGAGCUGGAGAGGAACCAGCGCCUGGAGAAUCUCAUUGCAAGGAGGAGAGCACGGAAAAACAUGAGAUUGAUGGCUGAGAAGAAUUUGAUAGACUUAGAUGGCGCUGAUCUCUUCUUUAAUGUUCCACCCAUUUCAACGGCAAGACAUAAUCCUUUUGAUCUCCCUUAUGAUUCCUAUGAUCCACCUGGUUCGGCACCAUCUAUAUUGUUGCCAAUACGAAACCCUUUUGAUCUUCCUUAUGACCCAAAUGAAGAAAAACCUGAUCUCAAGGGAGACAAUUUUCAGCAAGAGUUUACGACAUUUCAGCAGAAAGAUACAUUAUUCCGUAGGCAUGAAAGUUUCAGUAUUGGACCAUCUGGCCUAGGGGGUACCAGGCAAGACAGGCAUGCUAUUAGGUUCAGACCCUUUUUUGUGCCAGAACGCUUCACUUCAGAGGGGACAAGCUAUUCCUCAUUCGAGAGACAGUCAAGUGAAGUUAGUGAAUCAAAGUUGAGUUCUAUUCCUGAUACUGAAUCAGUGAGUUCUGCUGUUGAUAGAGAUGACAAGAAGCUCAAUGAACUAGAUCUUUGUCAAGAAACAAAACUCAUCUCCAGCAUAGACCAUGCUUCUGAUCUUGUUGAAUGUGGAAGUGGAUUUCAUGAAAAUAUUGAUUCAGUGGAGAUGGAACAAGUUCAGAGGAGGGAUGUUUGCCAUGAUGAGGUUGAGAUCACACUGGGGCAAGUGGGAAAUCAUGCUGAGAUUGAUUCUGGCUUGUCUGCAACAGGAGGCGUGGCUAUUCCUCUGGAACUUAGCACUAGCGAAAUUUAUCUCGAAGCACCACAUUUUAUUCAUGAUGAUGAGGUUGAGAUAACAUUGGGGCAAGUUGGAAAUCAAGCUGAAAUGGAUUCCGGAUUGUCUGAAACAGGAGGGGUGGCUAUUCCUCUGGAACUUAGUACUAGUGAAAUUCAUUUAAAAAUGGAACCUGUUGAAGACGAGUACAGCAGUAGAUCAAGUUUGUCAUCGUUACCAGAAAUAGAUGGGAGAGUACUGUAUGCUACAAAAGAAGAAACGGUGAGUUUGGAACCAAGAGCCAAUGACCUUGAAGAAUCUAGAAGUGCAAUCCUACCUUCCCCUAAGGAGCCAGAUUCCCACUUUUUGAGUGGGGGGGUGGAUGAAAAUCAACAUGAACCUGUUUAUGAUUCAAGCCCCCCGGAAGGUGAAAAGAUCCUCUCCCUUCCCUCCAUUUCUUCUGACUUGCAAGUGGAGAUAUCCAAAAUGGGUUUGCCUCCAGUGUCUGUUGUGACUUCUAUUCCCAUUUCAGAUAAGGAAUCUGAAUUGUACAGUGAGAGAGAAGGGAAGGAUUCUUCUAAUUAUGAAGAAACUCAUGGAUCAUCCUCAGUGACACAUCCAGAUAAUGAAACGGAGCCAAGGUUGAGGGAAGUACAGGAGUCUAGUAAGGGUCAUGUUACACAGGUCAAGUCUUCAGGAGUUAACUUGGGUGAUCAAAAUGGGUCUGAAUAUGUGGUUGAACAUUUUUCAGGUACUUCAAGGUCAUCUUAUACUGAUGUUGGAUCGGUUGAGGAAGGUAUAGUAUAUAAGAAAGAUAGCUCAUCUCAUAAACAGGAUCAAGUUAGCUCCUCGAGUAAUGAUUCGGAGAUUAUUUUUGGGAUCCAUCAAGCUGUGCACGAGAAGCCAGAUUCUGAGGCUUCAAGCUAUCAGAUGGCUUCUAAAAAUUUAACUUUGUCUAGAAAAGAGGAACAACAUCCACGGCCUUCAGGGGUGGUCGAGUAUGUGUCAGUGAUAGCUUCAGAAACUGAACCAUUUGAGCGGCAUACCAUCAGGAAGAUAGAAACUUUUCAGCGGGAGCAGGAUCAAGUUUAUUCAUCAAAUUCAUCAGACUAUGGAUCUAUAGGGGAGGGUUUGAUGCACAUCAAUGAGGUUCUUCAGCCCGAACAUGAUCAGGUCCAGUUCUCGAUUGUUGAUGGUGCAGAGAUUGACAAAAGCAGCCACCAAGAUGGGGGCGAAAAGUUGGAUUUGGUGGCUUCGUGUCCCCAACACAUUCCUUCCUCAGAGGAACAACAGCCUCCUCUGGUAACUGAGCAAGUUAUACUUGUUCUUUCCAAUCAUUCAACUUCAGAAACUGAACGUGGGGAGGACUGGUCCUUGAAUAAGGAGGAAAUCGAUUGCUACGAACAGGAUGAAGUCCACUCAUCAGGUUCUGAUGCAAAAAUUGAUGCUGGUCACCACCGAGAUUUGGAUGUUGAUGUAGUUUCUUUGGGUUAUGAUAGUCAAUAUGUGCCUUCUGAAGAAAAACCACUAUCUUGUUCAGAAAAACAUCUGACUUAUGCAGAUAAGCCUAUGGUUGACGCAUCCUUUGAUGACCAUGAUGAAUGCACAGAAUCAUAUGAUAUCCGGACAGAAUCUUCAGAGGUGGUGAAAAUGACCGACAAUGAAGAUGGGCUAAUAGUCCAUGAUCCCGAGUGCAAAAUUAGGCCAAAUCUGUCUUCCUCUGCGUCUGUUUCCACCCAAAUUGAUAUCCCAGAUGGGAGUCCUGAAUACAAAUUGCCCUCCAGUGGACUCUAUUUGAAAGCUGAUGUCCUUGGGGGAAUUGUUGAUAAGGACCAAACGAAGGUCUCAGAAGACUUCAGCUAUCCAGCAGAAGCUUAUGGCUCUUCCCAUGCCGAGCAAAAUGUCAACGAAGUUGAUGAAAUAAAAGAAAUUGAUGAAGGAUUGCUGUCAGAGUUGGAUGCAGUUGGGGACUUUUGUGUCAAAGAAGUUGUUGAGAGUACUGAAUUUGAGUUGUUGCCCAAAGAUUCAAACCCAGCAAAGACUGAGAUGGGCCUCCCAGUUCUUGAAGCAAGAUCACUUGAAGAUAUCAACUUGGCUUUUAAGCAACUUCGUGAAGGAGUAGACGCGGAGGAAGUCAUCCUCCCCGGUGUGGUUGAUGAUUGGCUAGUUGUGGGAGAAUCCAAGGAUCAUGUAGAAUCCAAUUCGAGCUUGAAAACAGUUGAUGCAAAAUCUCUGGAGGAUAUUCAUAUUGCUCUCAAGCAAGUCUCACAGGAUAAUGUUCAUGAGCUGCCACAAGCGUUGGGUCCAAAGGAUUCGGCAGCGGUAGAAACAUCUCAAGUGGCUUCUGCCGAGGAGAUUGAAUCAACUGAUAUGGGGUCUGGUGUCCAAGAAAGUAGCACAGUGGCUAUUGAUAAACCAGAACAAGGAUGUUAUGAAACAUCUGAGAUUCUUGAGCAUAUCCGAUAGAUUGGAUAUAAAAAGUAAGGAAGAAAAAUCCCAUGGGGCUAGAUCUAGCUCCAGCUCCAGCUCCAGCAAUUCUGAUUGAAAAUGAGGACUUAAGAAGAGAGACAGUGACAGUUUCUCGAUUCUUUCUCGUGGUUUCUUUCUGGGAUAAUUGGCCUUUGAUUGCGUAGUUUGAUGUCAUCCUGGUUUGAUCAAUGGUUGUCGUCUUCAAGAAUGUGUUUUGGUCUGGAUUCUUCGAAGUGUGAGAGUUUCUUUGUCUAUUGUACCUUUUUGAGAGCGAGUAAUUUGAGGCUUAUUGGGAGUUUUCUUUUUUUGUAAAAAAAAAAAAAAAGGUUGCAUGCUGUAAAUUAUAUUUUUGGUUUUUUAGAUUUAUAUUCCGCAAUUUUUUUAAGCUUUUGCAUUUUUAUUUUAUUUUCAGUUCUAUCUCCACCUUAUGAAUCUAUGAGACCUUAAUCAAUUCUCAGCUGAAUAUAUAUCUAUAUAUACAGGAGGACUUGUAAUUGGAUAUGUGGACGCGGGACACGUGUUC